AUGUCUGGGGCAGACGCAGUGCCAGGAGGACAGCUCGUGUAUGCAUGCAAGGGCUUCGUUGUCGGCCCUGAAGUCUAUGCAGCAGCAACCUCAGGGCAGUGCUCAGAUGACUGGCAGCAGAGCAGCGUGCAGUGCCCCGGCGCCCUGCUCCAGAGGGCGAUCUACCAGGGCAUUGUCAGCGGCAAGUGCUCGCCAGAGUGCGCACCCACCAAGGACGCAAGGCAGAUGCUGUCAACCCUUGGCUCGGCCCAGUGCAGGAAGCUCUCCCUGCGUUUCUCGGCCAGCAACUUUGCAGAGGCUGUCAAGCUGAGGCGGGCCACAGAGACCCUGGCCCUGGACGCCCUCAACACCUGCUGGAGCAACAGCGGCAACUCCUGGCAGGCGCUGGCCAUGGAACAAUCAGAGGUGAGGGAGGCGCUGAGGGCAGAGCAGCAGGCGUGGCCGGCUGCAGUGAUGGCGGGGCCGUGGCAGCAGUGCAGCAGCAGCUGCGGCAGCGGCUGGCAGGAGCGCGCUGUGCUGUGCGCGACCGCGCCCGGGUUCCUUGCCGAGGCCUGGCAGUGCUCCGAGCAGGGCCUCAGCCGGACCCUCACCUCCAUGCCCUGCAGCACGGAGGCCUGCAACGGGCCGCAGUGGCAGUACGAGCCGUGGGAAGCUUGCAGCGCGAAGUGCGGCGGCGGCACGGCCGCGCGAACGGCGCUGUGCGCAGCCGGUGCAAGCGCGGAGGGCGCGGACUGCGGCAGCAGCGACCCGCCGGGCAGCCUGCAGCGUGCAUGCAACCCCAGCGCGUGCGCCCUGUACACCUGGCAGGCCGGGCCCUGGAGCUUCUGCAGCAAUUCCUGCGCCGGCGGCCUGACAACAAGGGCAGUCACAUGCACGGACCAGAACGGCGCCAAGGUGGACUCGGCCCUGUGUCCGGGCGUGCGGCCCUCCACAGCGCAGCGCUGCAAUCUGCAGCCCUGCCCCGGGGCUUGUGACGCCGCUGUCACCUGCCUCGGCCGCGGCAGUUGCGCCCCCGACGGCACCUGCGCCUGCUCCGGAGGCUUCUCUGGCCCCUUCUGCAAUGUGGCGCCCGGCUGCGCCAGCAAUGUGACGGACGCCCAGAACCGCUGCUGCGUGUCGGGGCUGGCCGACCGUGCCGGCGCGUGCUGCCCGGCCGGCUCCAUCAUCGACGCGCUCGGCGCGUGCUGCGCACCCGGCAGGAAGCUGGACGCUGCCGGUACCUGCGGCGGCGCCGCGCGGCUGCUGGAUAUCCAAGGGGUCGGCUGCCGCUCCGGGGCCGUCGAUGCACGGGGGGCCUGCUGCGAGAGUGGGGAUGUGGAUGAGUGUGGCAUUUGUGGCGGCGGCGGCGACUCGUGCGCGCUGUCCCUGUCUCUGCACUCCGACACCCUGGCUCCCCAGUCAGCUGCCGCCAACACGUCUCUGGUGCUGUACCGCGAGGGAGUACGUGCCACCCUGGCAGGAUUACUACAGAUCCCCCAGGACAGCGUGGAGGUCGCGGUGACUCAGCGCAGCGCAGCGCAGCAGCCGGCAUUAGUCACCCGCUCCGGCGCCGGCGCUGCCGCCCUCGUCAUCACCGACAGCUUUGACAUCUCCGCACUCAUUGCUCCCCCGGGUAACUCGCAAGCGCGCUCGCUGGCGUUCUCGGCGGCCGCCGCACGCCGCGCGCUAGAUGCCGCACAGACGCUGCGCUGGUCUGACGGCUCCCCCGGCUUCAGCUCCGUCCGCGCCACCUACACCGGCCGCACCGGCAUCUGCGGUAAUGGCCUCUGUGAGGUUGGGGAGAGGACAGCAGUGGGCAUGCAGAACGGGACCUGCCCGCAGGACUGCCCAACUGCCCACAUGAUCUGCCCGGGCACCUCAGCCGGGCAGUGCGGCGCCAGAGGACGCUGCUACUCCAACAGCGGCCUCUGCGACUGCUUCGUGGGCUAUGCCGGCGCUGCGUGUGACAGAUGCGCGACGGGCUACAUGAGUAGCGGCGGCUUCUGUAUUCCUGUCUAUUUGCUGCUGGCGCAGACCGGGCCUGCUCCUGCACCUGCACCUGCGCCCAUGCCUGCCAAGGCGCCGGCAGCUGCAGCGUCUCAGGCGCCGGGGCCGGCGCAGGCAACGCCCCUGUUCACGAGCUUCCUCAAGGCGCCGAGCCCCGCGGCGUUGCCUCCCGCACCCGACGCCGCCGCACCGCCCCACUCCAGCCCGGCCCCGGCACCCGUGCCGAAACCCGAGCGGCCGACCGCUGAUGCACCGGCGCCGUCUCCCGCGGCAGUCAUCGGAGCACCGGCAGCCGCGGCCCCGGCGGCUGCCCAUGCAAACAUGACUGCAUCGGUGGCCGCGCUAGCUGCGGCAGUCAACGGCACGGCCGGCAACUUGACCGCUGCUCCAGUGCCUGUGCCUGCGCCUGCUCCAUCUCCGGCUGCAGCGGCCGACGCGGUCGCGCCAGCCCCGGACCCGGCCGGCGAUCUGGCGGCGCAGUGGGCGAGCGCGGCCGCGGCGCUGACGGCGGAGCUGGGCCGUCUCACGCAGCGUGCCCCGCCGCCCGCGCCGGGCUCGGCCUCCUUCAGCGAGCUGGGCACCCUGGACGCAGCAGCAAGACAGCAGGCCUCCAUGAAUGCCCGCUCCUACAGCGCCCAGAGCCCCUCUGCCAACCAGCCCUCGGGCUCCUGGGCGGCGAACAAUGUGGGGCUGUUGAUCGGCAUCAUCCUCGCAUCGGUGGCGGCGCUCAUUCUGGCGGGCCUGGCCGUAUGCUGCUGCCGGCGCUGCCGCCGCCGCGCGCGCGAGGGCCGAUUCGACCACCACAUCCCCGCCUGCCUCAUGCCCACCCCCAGCCCCCAGCGGCCCCGCACCCCCAUCGGCCUGCGGAACAAAUACCAAUUCGGAGACAACUUGGCCGACAUUGAGAAACAGAAGCGCCUCGGCAUCAUAGUUGAGCCCUUGCCGUCUGACGGCGCCUCUGGAGGGGAGCGCAUUCCGGCCUUCAGGUCCCCCGUCAGGCCGAGCCGCAGGGGCCAGCAGCCUCCGACCUUUGGCCUGCGUGCUCAGAGCGAGAUGCUCAUCCGCCGCCCCGACGGCCACUUCGCGGCCGCCUCGGCGCGCACGCACCUCUCCGACCCGACGGCGCGCGCGGCUGCGGCCGGGCCGUCAACCUCCAGUGGCGCGGCCGGCAGCGGCGGCAGCGGCGGCAGCAACCUGCACACCGGCCCGCUCGGCUCCGCGCGGCUGUUCUACAACCCGGCGUACGCGGAUUCCACGCAGGUGUCGCCGGCGCGGGAUGGAGGGGACGCAGCGCAGUCGCGCCUGAUGACUGAUCCCGCCGACAAGGGCAAGGCUGUGCUGCUGACAGGUGAUGGGGGCGUGCCAGAGGGGAUGUCGGUGUACGACAACGCAAUGCUGGAGUUUGGCAGCGAGAUGGGUUCCCCAGACGCGCGCCACAGCUCCAGCCAGGGCGCCACCUCCAGCGGGGGGCACCCCGCGACGGACGGCAGAGUGGCGUUUGCUGACGAUAUGGAGGCACAGUGGCAGCAUGCAGACAGGGACGGCGGGUUGCCAAGAUUGGCACUGACGCCGGGGACGGCGGGCCGCCUGAGGCAUCCCUCCCGCAUGCUGGACCUGCGGGGGGGACCCGGCGAUGACAAAGAGAAUGUGACGGAUGAGUCACUCUCUGCGUCACCCUCGCAGUCACCCUCGCGCCCCACGGUCCUUCACCACAACCCCCUCAGCCUGGAAACACCGCCCUCAUCCCCCGAGGGUCAGAUCAGCAGCAGCAUGCCGGGUGAGUCGCCGGGCAUCAGCGGGGUGCGCGGAGGGGAAAUGGUGAGAACACCGGCAGGGAACGCCCUCUCCCUCGACUCCUCCCACCCCUCCCACCCCUGCUCCAGCCUGCUCCCAGCGCCAUCGCCGUUGGAGACCAGCACGAGGUCGAAUGUGCUAUUCCCAGACGGCGCCGGGCCAGCUGGCAUUGAUGAGCAGGGCAGUGUGGUCAAACCUCAGAUCACAGGCGCAGAGCGGCGCAAGAGGAGGAGGCAGGGAGGAGCAGCGCGGCUGAGGGCCUCAGAUUCUUGCCUGCCGGGCGGCAACAGGGCCGCGCACAUGAGCUUUGUACCGUCGCCCGACGGCGUUCCCCGCCGCCCGCGAGCCGGCUCCCACGAGUACCCCCCCAUGCUCUCCGCCACGGGCUCCAGCUGGGACGAGCCAGGAGAGGAGGCACUGGCGGGCCGCGCAUUCGCAUCGGACCUGGCCAGCAUCCAGCGGAACAAGGUGCCCGGCGCCGGAGCCAAGUACCGGGUGGUGAUGUUCCACCAGUACCCGCAGGAGCUGCUGCGCGGUUGGCUGCGCCAGCACAACAUCCGCGAUGACCAGGUCGACUUCUGGGUCCUGCCGCCCACUCCCGGCACGCGCAUUGCCGACCUGCGCUGA